AUGUCCAGAAGGUACGACUCACGUACUACCACCUUUUCUCCGGAAGGUCGCUUAUAUCAAGUCGAAUAUGCUCUCGAGGCCAUAAAUAAUGCCAGUCUUACCGUCGGCGUUUUAUGCAACAGCGGUGUCGUUUUGGUUGCCGACAAACCCAUCAGUUCCAAGCUCCUGGACCCUGGGAAGAUUAACGAGAAGCUCUACAAGUUGGAUUCUCACAUAUUCUGCGCAGUUGCCGGUCUCACUGCGGACGCCAACGUUCUGAUAAACAUGUGCAAGCUCUACGCUCAGCGACAUCGCUACUCCUACGGUGAGCCUCAGUCCAUUGAGGAGCACAUCGUUCAGAUCUGUGAUCUUAAACAGAGUUACACGCAAUUUGGCGGCCUCAGGCCCUUCGGAGUCAGCUUUCUUUUCGCCGGGUGGGACCACAACCUCGGAUUCCAGCUUUACCACACUGACCCUUCGGGCAACUACUCAGGCUGGAAGGCCACUGCCAUUGGGAUGAACAGUCAGUCUGCCCAGUCGAUUCUCAAACAGGAGUGGAAGGACGACCUUACUCUCGACCAGGCCAUCAAGCUCGCCAUUCGAGUCCUCACCAAGGCCAUGGACUCCUCUACUCCUCAGGCCGACAAGAUUGAGGUGGGCGUGCUUUCCAAGGGCGAGGGCGGCCUGUUCGAGCCCUAUGUUGAGAUGCUUCAAGAGGACACCGUCGACGGGUUGCUAAAGUCCAUUGCUGAGGAGGAGGCUAGCAAGGCAAGAUGUUUCGAUUGCGCAGCGCUCCGUAGCCUCCUGUCAGGGCUCCGAAAAUGCCUCCCACUGCUCCUCCCUGUGUUCGCCGUCUAUUGCUCACCCUUACCAUUUUCCAUCCCACAGUUCUUUGCCCUCGGGCUUUUAAACAGCUUGUUUACGAUUUCCGCCGGCUUAUUGUACAGCUCUUUUGACUUGUCGGUCAGCCUAGUGUGUAAAUUACUGGGUGCGGCGGCGCUUAAUCUUACAGGUAUUCUGAGUAGUCCUUCGACUCGUAGCCGGAUCCGUCUGAGCACACACUGUCAAAGGGGGCCGCUUACCAUUCACUUUAGGUGGAGGUGUAAAACCCUUGAACUCGUAAGUCGUGGAAUCCGACUGCUUUGCGCGGCACUAAUCCUCCACCUGAGGGAGGCGAUGGCAACUUAUCAUCAUAAACAGAAACACCUUUGCUUCUAUUUCCGCCAAGCAGUGAAAAUUGGUAUUAAAAGGGGCUUUGCUAGUCUCACCAGGCCAUUAUAUAUGAAUCAAACAAAAAACAAUGAAUACGAUUUAUUUCAAAUACAAUUGUCUAUAAAAAUUAGUACAUAUGAUAAAAAAAUACAAAUUUAUGCACCAUACUAUAAAUGCUUUUAA